AUGCGGAGCCGCGAGGAGGUGGACGCUACAUUGCAGACAGCCAAACUGAACCCGGCGGAGCUGCUACCGGUCGUGCACUGCCUCAGCUUCGGCCCGCAGGCCAGUGCCGGCGACUGCUGCCUGCUGCAGCUGGAGCCGGGCCUCAGCGACCAGCUGGAGGCGGGAUGCAGUCUAGUAAUCCGUGGUGAAAAGCAUGAACGAGUAGUGUUGUGCAGCAAAGAUAAAACUUACGACAUGAAAAUAGCAGAUACCUCAAAUAUGCUGCUGUUUAUUCCUGGCUGCAAGACUCCGGAACAGCUGAAGGCAGAUCAAGCAUCUUGUAAUAUUAUUCAUUCACAGAUUGCUGGUUUCUCCAAGAACUACUGGGAAUUAAGGAGGUGUCGACCAAAACUGAAGAAGCUGAGGAAGCUUUUAAUGGAAGACCCAUAUGAAGGGCCAGAUAGUCGGAAAGAUCAGACUUCGACAUUUUCAAAGUAUACAACAGAAGAUUUGUUAAGUCUGAUUCAAGCAAGUGAAGAAGAAAUACUGCACCAAUUGCAGGUUAUGGAUGCCUGUAAAAUUGAAGGAUAUUGGAGAAUUCUAGAAUUUGACUAUGAAAUGAAACUUUUGAAUCAUGUGACACAGCUAAUUGACUCUGAGUCCUGGUCUUUAAGUAAGGUUCCUUUACGUACCUGCCUUGAAGAACUUGGAUCUUUAGAGCCCAGAGAGAUGAUAGAGCAUAUUCUUUUAAGCUAUGGAAGGAAAUACAUUGAUGAUGCAGGGGAGGUUUACUUUGAAAUGCAGGAAGAUAAAAUAUGCAGAGCUACAGCACAAAUGCUUUUGCAAAAUGCAGUUAAAUUCAAUUUAUCUGAGUUUCAAGAAGUCUGGCAACAAAGCGUCCCUGAAGGCAUGACAACAAGGCUUGAUCAGCUUAAGGGCUUGGCUCUUGUGGAUAAAAGUUCAAGACCAGAGACCAUCUUCCUGCUCAAAGUAGAAGACUUACCUGAAGACAAUCAGGAAAGAUUCAACAGCUUAUUCAGAAUACGGGAAAAGUGGACAGAAGUGGAUAUUGGCCCUUAUAUACAAGACCUCUGUGCUGAGAAGCAAACAGUUGGUGCUCUUCUGACAAAAUAUGCUCGUUCCUCAAUGCAGAAUGGUGUUAAAGUUUAUAAUUCUAGAAGACCCAUCUCAUAACAAGUCUUGUUUCAAGAACCGAGACUAGUGAAUGGAAAAUCAGUGGAUGUUGCUUGUUGCUGCUUCCUGGGGAGAGUUCUCAGCUGGUAUUCUACAGUGUGCUUAGAGUUUAAGAAGCUAAGA